AUGCAUUUACUUAUAUAUCUUGAGAAGUCGCAGAAAAUACGUACAGUUGACCAGGUAGAUAGAUACGUGUCAGCUGAAUUUCCCGACGAGCAGAGUGACCCGGUCCUGUUUGAUACGGUUAGAAAAUGCAUGGUCCACGGACCCUGUGGUGACAGGAAUAAAGAAUCGCCUUGCUUGAAAAAAGAAAAAUGCACCAAACAUUAUCCUAAGAGCUAUAACGAUACGACUUGCUUGGACGGAGGUGGAUAUCCGUUUUAUCGUCGCAGGAAUAACGACGUAGAGGUGGAUGUUCGCGGUGGGCGUAAGGCAACCAACAUUGACGUUGUACCUUACAACCCGCAUUUGCUGCGGACGUUUAGUUGCCAUAUAAACGUCGAGGUAUGUGCUGGGAUAAGGGCGGUCAAGUACAUCAACAAGUACAUAUACAAGGGGUAUGACAAAACAACAUUUGUGGUUGGAUCGGCUGAUGAGAUACAAAUAUACAUUUACGCAAGGUACAUAGGUCCCCCAGAAGAUGUUUGGCAUCUAUUUGGGCACCGUGUGCACAAAGAAAGGCCCCACGUGGAAAGGUUGGCAAUACACCUUAAAGGUAUGCAGAGAAUUGUAUAUGAAUCCGAAGCAUCGACCGAAGGAGUUACACAGACAGCUGAGAAUUAUAAAUCUAAACUGAUGGAAUACUUUGAGUACUAUGAUGAGAAUCCCGAUGCACCUGCAUACACAUAUCAAGAAUUUCCGCAUCAUAUGGUAUGGAAAGCAGAUAAAUCUAGAUGGGAAGUAAGGAAACAACAGUUUGCGAUAUCUAGAAUGUACUUUGUCUCUCCGAGCGCCGGUGAAUUGUUCUACUUGAGAUUGCUAUUGACUGUUGUAGCGGGCGCCAGGUCGUUCGAACAUUUGAGGACUGUGAAUGGCGUGCUACAUCCAACCUACAAAAAAGCAUGCAUUGAUCUUGGGUUAUUAGAGAGCGACGACGAAUUUGUAAAUUGCCUAAGGGAGGCAUCAACUGUUCAGGUAGGAAGCCAGAUGAGAAACCUCUUUCAGAUAAUCCUGUCGGAUGGAAAUCCAGCUGAACUAGAAUUGUUAUGGAGAGAAUUCAAGAUGCAUAUCUGCGAUGAUUUACAUCACGUUAUUAAAAGAAAGUAUGGCAUCACAUAA